AUAGAGUCUUUUCUAUACAGAGAAAACAGGUGUUUCCCCAAAAUAUUUCCAGCCCUUUAUAAAAGCCCAAGUAUCAGCACUGUUCCAGCACAGAACUUGAUCUUGCGCUUUACGUAACAACACCAAGAUGUGGAAAAUUUCUUUGCUAUUGGCUAUUGGUUGCAUUUGCGUGGCUAGCCAGACGACGAUAUCGCCUCUGGGACGUGAGAUUUGCCAGCGCGAGAACACCAGAUGUCUACGCAAUCAGGCUCGUCUGGGAACUUCCAACGAUGUCACUGAUGUCUUUAACAACAAUUGCCGGAGAAGCAAUCCUAGUUGGCGCAAUAUCUCCCGUUGCCAGUUGUCUGACGCCUCCUGUCAAUUGACUAUAGUGCAGUGUAGGACACUCUCCUGUGAAAAUGUGAGAAGAGCUCUUCAGUCUGGUCCAACGCGCUCUACUCGCCCUACACGGACCACUCGCCCUACUCGCACUACUCGCUCCACGCGCACUACUCGCCCGACGCGCACCACUCGCUCCACGCGCACUACUCGCCCGACGCGCACCACUCGCUCCACGCGCACUACUCGCCCGACGCGCACUACUCGCUCCACACGCACUACUCGCCCGACGCGCACUACUCGAUCCACGCGCACUACUCGCCCGACGCGCACCACUCGCUCCACCCGCACCACUCGCAGACCGAUCGCUCCGACAGAACCCAUCGAAUAAAAUAUUUAUGCACAAUGGAAAAUCAGGCCACUUAUGAAACUUAUGAUUAAAAAUAAACAACUCAAUGCUCUC